GUUUUCCCUUUUCUCGUUAUUUAUAUAUUGCUGUCUAAUUUUCUUUAUUAUUUCCUUUGACCGAUAUAUCUAUGUUAUGAACUGAUUUUAUUGUCAGUAAAGUUGAAUAUCUAUGAGAUCGAGGUUGGUUAAAUUUGAAUGCUUUUAACAUUGGGUUGGAAUACUUGGCCAAUCCCUAGUUGGUUUUCUUCAACCAAGUCAGCUCUAGUUAGAUGCUUAUAGAUAAUUCACUUGUUUUGUAGGUCUUAUCAUGUGUUAUGACUUUGUCUGUACUUAAUGGAAAGACCAAAUCACAGCCUUCCUUAACUCUUUCUUUCGAAGCAUUUAUCGUUUUUGACCAUAUCUGUGAGAUGUCAAUAAGACUAUGCCUCUCUUGCUUCUCAUCUUUGUUUUGGUUCUAUUGUGCAUGUUAACUCGAAAUGGUCAGAAGGCACAAUUACCUAGUGCAGAACUACACUUCUAGCCUCUUUGACAUUGAGGUUGAAAUUGCUUUUCUGGAAAAACACCCUUUUAGAUAUUGUUAUAAAAAGGUUUGAAAUAGUUGGUUUGGAGUUAUUGUGACUAAAGUAUAUCAAAUUGUAAGGGUCUCUAAUAAGCAUUUUUAAGAUAGUACUCUUCUUAACAAUGAUUCAAACAGUAAUGUUAAACAAACUCUUAUUAUGUUUAUAUGUUAGGCUUAUGCAUAUAAACUGAAAAAUUGUCCUGAUUGUAUCAUGCACCCGAUAAUUGGGUAGCGAAGCUUUAGAAUUAGAAUACCUUUGCUAUUUGUUGCUCUCUUGAAAUAUGCGAAAUUCUGUGUUUAUGUUGAAAAUAAUUGACGAAAAAGACAAUAAGAAGCUUUUAUCCACAGAAGGGAAGGAACAUAUGAUAUUUUAUAUGACCAAGAGUUUCCGUGUGUGUAAGAUUUAGAUCUGUAACUGCACCAGAAAUGAAAUAUUUUAUAUCAUGCUCAUUCACUUCGUAUAUAUCUUCUUAGUUUAAUGCUUUUAUUUUUUAUUUGUUUUAUAUUUAAUUUUUAUCUUAUUGAAGUUAACAAGUGUUUUCCCCCCAUUGCUGUAGGUAUUUAAAUCUCCACACUUUAUAUUAGCCCUUCAAGAUCUUGUUUGGAAGAAAAGCAAACCAUUGAUCAUCUAAUAUCUCCAUAGCUCCAAAUAAAGACCUAGAAACAUUAAAACAAAAACUGGCAACAAUGAUGUCAAGAUCUUGCAUAAUGUUGGACUUAGCAUCUGGAGACAUGUUGAAUUUCCCUCGAAGUCCCAGAUCUCUCCAAAGGAUGAUCUCUGUUUCAGGAAUUUUUUCCAACACAGAUGGUGAUGGAAGCAAUGAUAGAGAUUCAGAUGCUCCAUCAGCUGUAUGCCACAAGAAGAAGAUUAUAGUGGCAAAUUUUCUUCCUCUACAUGCUCAAAAGGAUUUAAAAUCGAGCAAAUGGUCAUUCAGUUUUGAUGAGGAUUCACUUUGGUUUCAAAUGAAGGAUGGAUUCUCAAUCAAUACAGAGGUUGUUUAUGUGGGAUCUCUGAAGGUUGAUGUAGAUGCUAGUGAACAAGAAGAAGUUUCCCAGAAACUGCUGGAGGAAUUUAACUGUGUACCAACGUUUCUUCCUCCUGAACUUUACAAAAAGUUUUAUCAUGGUUUCUGUAAGCACCAUUUGUGGCCCCUUUUCCAUUAUAUGCUGCCAAUGUGCCCUGAUCAUGGCAUUCGCUUUGAUAAGAUGCUGUGGCAGGCCUAUGUCUCUGCUAAUAAAAUUUUUGCAGAUAAGGUUAUGGAAGUGAUUAAUCCUGAAGAAGAUUAUGUUUGGGUUCAUGACUAUCACCUAAUGGUUCUCCCUACUUUCUUGAGGAAGCAUUACUACAAAGUUAAGCUUGGCUUCUUCCUUCACGGCCCAUUCCCCUCAUCAGAAAUUUACCGAACUCUGCCUGUCAGAGAUGAAAUUCUGAAAGCACUGCUGAAUGCAGAUUUAAUUGGUUUUCAGACAUUUGAUUAUGCUCGCCACUUUCUGUCCUGUUGCAGCCGAAUGUUGGGCCUAGAUUAUGAAUCAAAACGUGGUCAUAUUGGACUUGAGUAUUUUGGUCGCAUAGUGUACAUCAAAAUUUUGCCUGUAGGAAUUCAUAAGGGCAAACUAGAAUCUGCUCUAAAUCACCCUUCUUCUUCCAUCAAGGUUAAAGAAAUCCAAAAACAGUUUGAGGGGAAAAAGAUUAUUGUUGGAGUUGAUGACAUGGAUAUUUUCAAGGGCAUCAGUCUGAAAUUAUUAGCCAUGGAACAACUUUUGCAGCAGAAUCCUGAAUUUGGGGGGAAGGUGGUCAUGGUUCAAAUUUUAAAUCCUGCAAGGAGCUCAGGGAAAGAUGUACAAGAAGUAAAAAAGGAGACAUACUUGAUUACCAAAAGGAUAAACAGUAUUUUUGGUUUUCCAGGCUAUGAACCAGUGGUUCUGAUUGAUCGUUAUGUACCUUUUUAUGAGAAAACAGCCUACUAUUCAUUGGCUGAAUGUUGUAUUGUAAAUGCAGUGAGGGAUGGAAUGAACCUGAUCCCAUAUGACUACAUUGUCUGUAGGCAGGGGACUCAUAAAAUGGAUGAAGCUCUGGGAGUUGAUUCUCAAUCGCCUCAUGCAAGUACGAUUGUCAUUUCAGAAUUUAUUGGUUGCUCACCAUCUCUAAGUGGUGCAAUAAGGGUAAACCCAUGGGACGUUGAAGCUGUAGCGGAUGCAUUAAAUCUUGCCCUCACCAUGCCUGAUUUAGAGAAGCAGUUGAGGCAUGAGAAGCACUAUCGAUAUAUUAGCUCUCAUGAUGUGGCUUAUUGGUCUCGCAGUUUUGUGCAGGACUUGGAGCGAGCUUGCAAAGAUCAUUACAACAAGAGUUGCCGGGGUAUUGGUUUUGGUCUGAAUUUUAGGAUUUUGUCACUUCAACCAAGCUUUAGGAAGCUUUCCAAUGAACAUAUUAUCUCUGCAUAUAAGAGGACAUAUAGGAGGGUGAUAUUUUUGGAUUAUGAUGGAACAGUGGUCCCUCAAACUUCCAUUGUUAAAACCCCCAGUCCUGAAGUUGUAUCUGUCCUGAACAACCUUUGUAAUGACCCUAAGAACACUGUGUUUAUAGUUAGUGGAAGGGGGAAAGAUUCUCUGAGUGAUUGGUUUGCUCAAUGUGAGAAUUUGGGUAUAGCAGCAGAGCAUGGAUACUUCAUGAGGUGGAGUAGGAUGUCCAAUUGGGAAACCAGUUCCUUUGUGGCAGAUUUUGAUUGGAAAAAAAUAGCGGAACCUGUUGUAAAAUCAUAUGCAGAAGCAACUGAUGGUUCCUAUAUAGAGACCAAGGAGAGUGCCUUAGUGUGGCAUCAUCAAUAUGCUGAUCCUUUUUUUGGAUCUUGCCAGGCCAAAGAACUGUUGGAUCAUCUCGAAAAUGUCCUUGCAAAUGAGCCAGUAGUUGCGAAGAGGGGUCAGCAUAUUGUUGAAGUAAAGCCACAGGGAGUUACUAAAGGUUUAGUUGCAGAGAAAGUUCUUUCUGCAAUGAUCUCUCGUGGGAAAUCCCCAGACUUUGUGAUGUGCAUUGGGGACGAUAGAUCUGAUGAAGACAUGUUUGAAAGCAUAUCGAGAACGGCUUCUAGUUUGUCAUUUCGGUCAGCUCCAGAGAUGUUUGCAUGCACUGUUGGCCAAAAACCUAGCAAAGCUAGGUACUACUUAGAUGAUAUUGAUGAUGUACUAGCAUUACUUCAAGGCUUGGCUAUUGCUUCAAGUUUGAAGUCAAGGGGUAGUGCAGAAGUACAAGUUUCUUUCAAAUAAUGUCAUUUGAAAGGAAAUAGGAUGUUAUCCUUUUGGUGCAUGGAUACGGGCAAAAGAAGUUCAAUGGCCUGGAUGAAGAAAAAGAAUGCAUGUUUUAGGUGCAUUACUUUAUACAAUUCAGAGGUUUCUAAUGACACUGUUGUUGAUAUUUAGUCAUUGCGUACAGGGCCUGGCACCAAUGCUGCCUUUGAGUUAUUUCAUGGGAGAGAUUGACUGGUAUUCUUUUGCUCAUUUUAUUUUUUUGAACUCUAGACUGCAGGAGGAUGGAGGCUGAUGUAUGUAUGUUUUGGUUUGGAAAGAAGUUUGUGCAGUUCACAGAGGUAGAGGUCAUACCAAUGGAGACAAUUUCUUGUAUACAUGAAUUGGUUUUGCUUAUACAUGAAAGACAUUCUUAAUACCGUGGAAUUCAUUACUCUUUGUUUAA